UAUUUAAUUUUUUUUAUAUAUAUAUAUAAAGAAAAACAACAACAAAAAAAGCAGCCGUCCCACCCCCGCUCCUCAUGCGUGAAGAAAGAACACACCAAACGGGGCGUUGAAGUCUUGACGGUUUACGGUCACAGUUGUUGAUUGUUGUUUUUUUUUGGAAAAAAAAACAGCCACAUACAAUAAUGGCCGCGCUCUACGCCUGUACCAAAUGCCACCAGCGGUAUCCUUUCGAGGAGCUCUCUCAGGGCCAGCAGCUGUGCAAGGAGUGUCGGAUAGCACAUCCAGUUGUAAAGUGUACAUAUUGCAGAACUGAAUUCCAGCAAGAAAGCAAAACCAACACAAUAUGCAAGAAGUGUGCACAGAACGUGAAGCAGUUUGGAACACCAAAGCCCUGUCAAUAUUGCAACAUUAUAGCAGCUUUUAUUGGCACAAAGUGUCAACGAUGUACAAACUCAGAAAAGAAGUAUGGACCCCCUCAGACGUGUGAACAGUGCAAGCAGCAAUGUGCCUUCGAUCGAAAAGAUGAGAGUCGACGAAAGGUAACUGAAGUUGAUGGAAAAUUGCUGUGCUGGCUGUGUACACUUUCAUAUAAGCGUGUACUGCAGAAAACUAAAGAGCAGAGAAAAAACCUGGGCUCUUCAUCACACUCCUCCUCAUCUUCCUCCUCACUGCCUGAGAAAGAUCCUUCAAAACAUCACCACAGUAGCAGUCGACACAACCAUAAACAAUCAUCCAGUAUUCAAAAUGAAAUUCCAAAGAAAAAGCCAAAACUUGAAACAAAGCCAUCCAAUGGAGACAGUUCUUUAACCCAGUCAAUGGACUCUGGGGGUACAGACAACUUUGUUAUAAUUAACCAAUUAAAAGAAGAGGUUAUGUCACUGAAACGCGUGCUGCAGCAGAAAGAGCAGACCAUCUUGGAAAAAGAUAGAAAGCUGACCGAGUUGAAAGCAGAUUUCCAGUAUCAGGAAUCUAAUCUUAGAGCGAAAAUGAACAACAUGGAAAAAGCUCACAAAGAGGCAGUGGAACAGCUACAGGCCAAAAAUCGAGAAUUGCUUAAACAAGUUGCAGCACUGUCUAAGGGUAAAAAAAUGGAGAAGUCUGGAAAUCUGUUGCUGUCUCCAUAAAAGAGGAGUGUAUCUUGCAAGGGAAAGUGAACGCUGCGUUUGUCGCUGAUUAUUGAUAUUGUUACUGUGAAGCCUUUAAAUAUUUCUCCAUCUCCAUUGCUUUCUGAGUGAUUUAGUAGUUUUUUAAAAAAAACCUUUUUAACUAGCAAUAAGAAGCAGUACUGUUCCAGCAAAUAAGGCCACACUAUACAACAAACAGGAUGGAUAUUGGAGACUUCAUUAUUGCAAUCAGUUUGCCAAAUUUAAAGGGGCAAUAAGUGGAAAGUGACAACAGCUUUGCUUCAUCCUAUGAUUUCUCUGUUUUGAAAUCAAAUCAUUAUAACCAGUCAUUUUUUGACCUUUGCUGCAGGAAGGGUUGUUUAUAAUGGGUUUAUACUGUGUAGUUUGACUGCCUAUAUAUUGCAUUUCUUAUUAUUUGCUUAUAACUAGUUAAGUUCUAGCAGAAUUGAACAUUAGAAACCAUGCAAGCUUAUUUUAUAGUUUUGAUGUAAUGGAUUAUGCCAUUCAAGAAUUAAUAGAUAUAAAGUGUGUGAAUUUGUACGCUUUGAGAUUUGCUUAGUGUGUUUAAUCUGCCUAGCAUUGUUUUUCAUUUGAAAAAUAGUUUCCAAGUUCUGCUGGUCUCUAAACAGCUGUUGUGUUUGAUAAAAAAACUAGAAUUUUUUGAAGGGAAAACCUUAUAAAAGCUUCUUUUUAUGCCACUCACUGUAAGUGAUGCAAUUAAAUGUAUAUUUGUGCAUGAAAAUUGUUAGUGAUAAAGUACUUUACAGGAUCUCAAGGGAAUGCAUAUAUUGAUAACAGGAUAUAAACUGUUUAAAAGAAAGAACAUUAAGUGGGGCCCCUUCGUAUAAUGUGUAGACACAAAUCCUAGUUUGGCUUUCAGCUGAAGGGUAGCUCCAGCCACUGCAUGAUCAUAAUGCUGCACCUUUUCUUUUUCCUCUCACAGCAACCAGGCUAAUGAAACUUCCUAAAUGCAUAUUCUAUAAGAAAGGAGUAUCAGUAAUGAAAUACAAUGUCACCACAUUUGUUGCAUCACCAAUAUUGAUGCAGUGUUUACCCCCUCCCCCAGGUGUGUGUAAAUUAUGUUGAAGUUUAUCAAAUGGAUAGGACUCUGGGAUCAUUAUUAUAUCAUAGAGCUGGAGUUGUGCCUUACGGAAGUUGGCCUUAAUCUGGUUUGAAAUCCAGUGUUAAAGGAAUGUUUUUAACUGUUUAAAUUUGUACAAAUACAUAGGAUGUUUAGAAAAGAAUGCUGCUGUAAAUAUACUUGGGUUCAAGUUGUAAAUCUUUAAGGGUUCCCGACUGAUAUUCUUGAAUAAAUACAUCCAUAAUAUUGAGGUAUUAAAAACAAGUUAACUCAAUAGUUCACAAACUAUUUGCAUAUCGUGUGGGUGAGGUACCCUUUUUAAACAAAACAAAAAUCCUAGUUAGCUAUACUGUAAUUAGCAAAACCACAAACUGUUCACAAAAUAUGUGCAAUUAAUGCAUUUCAAAGAUUGGACAUUUUGAUAAUUCGAUUUGUACAUAAAGGUGCUAAUAAAUGACAUGAGGUGAUAAACCUACUUUAUUUUUGGACUUAAAAUGGCACAUUUUGAUCAUUCUAAUGUUUGGAAAUGACAAUUCACAUUUUCUAAACUUUUCAGGUGUUUUUUUAAAAAAACUAAGUUUCAUACACCAUGUUCUUACGUUUCCUGCAUACAAAAUCAUAGUUGUAGGAUUUUUAAAAACUAGGAAUUACAUGUCUUGUAGGAAGAAAGAUGAGAAGUUUCAAUAAAAUUUAGUUAGUUUUAAGACACUUUCAUUAGUUUAGCAGACUGGUAUGACAAUUCUUUUGUGACUUGGAUGUAUGAACCAUGUUAUGUACAACCUUUUGCAUUUCAAUUUAGUUUUAUAAUUAUCAAAAAUAAUAAGACUUGCUACCAUUGCAUCCCAACUUGACUUCAUCACUGAUUUUUACCUCUAAAUCUCCUCUUAGAGCUGAAACAUGUAACUUUAUUAAAAAGAAGCAACAAAUGUCGUCUUCCUUCCCCUCCAGAGUUGUUUCUUUGGUUUCUUACCAGAGCUGUCUGUUCAAAGUUCUGUGAAUCUCUUCUGCCACUUGUCCAUUCUGAUGGUUCAAUUGCAUGCUCUCCUAAAGGGAAAAACGGACAUUUGAUUUACUCUUCUCCUCUAACUGGUGAUGAUCGUGGGAAAAGAACCUCCCAAUAUUGUUCUGUUCAGUUAUCUAGAAUGUCUAUUUGAUCCUCUAUCCCCAGACUCAAAUAAAGCCCCCUCCCUUAUAACAACCUUUUCCUGUUUUCUUUAUUUUUUGUUAGUGCUUCUAAUGUUAUUGCUUAUCCAUUCUUUCCCCUCAGCCUCCUAAAUUUGAAUUAUUUUGGGGCCUUUUGGCUCCUCUCUCUCCUCACAGUAUUGCAAUCAAACCUCAUUGGAAUUCUUAACUAGAAUAUCUCAACUCCUUUGGUCUCCCCUUUUGCCCACAAACUUUUAAUACUUAAUACUUUUAAUAUUCAAGCUUGAUGGCACCUAACCAUUUAUAUUUUUGCUUUAUCUGCAACUCUUUUCAAUGGUACUGUACUAUGGGCUUUGGCCCUUCACCUAGGUUCUCAAUAAAAAAAUAAGCCUUGCAUUUUUUCUGUACCAGUAUAGACCAAAUAUUUUUUGUUUCCACCAUCACCAAGAUGUAAUCCAUGUAAAGCUAUGCAUUUAAACUUGAUCAACCGUAUCACCGUAACUGCACAAACUGAGCAAAAUUUAAAUGAUCUCGUCUUUCUCUAUCUCAGGCAAAUACAAUUACUACUUGGUAAUAUCACAGUAUAAUUCUAUGAACCAGUUUUUAAACUUUUAGCAGAUACCUCUCUAAAAGGGGCAUUAUUGUAAAUGGUCUACAGAGGAUACAUUCUGUUUUCAAACUGUGGGCCUCAUUUAUUGGUGUGUAAGAUUUCAUCAGCAUGACUCAAUAUUGAGGUUUGGAGCUAUUUGGCAGCAUCGUUAGCCCUAUGGCCUACGUAUUACCUCUGCUGAAGCUGGUGUAUACAUGUCAGAACUAACAACUUUAUAUUGGAUUUUCUAACAAAUAUAAAAGCAGACUGAAUACAGUAUUUUUGUGUAAAAGGGAGCAUUUUACAAAAGUUGGUGGGUUAGAUUACUGGCAGAAUGAGGUAUCGCCAAGUGUAAACUGCCAUUGAGCUCUACCAGUUACAGUGCCUUGUCUGCAGUUUUUAAAUUUGGUAUACAUUCUGUAGUUGUAAAACUGUAUCAAUGUACAUAAAUUUUCCUAAUGCACAAAUCUGCAUAUUUGUAAAUGCUGUAAUUUCUUUAUUAUAAAGUGGUUUCAUGGAUUUUACAUUUCUUUAAAAAAAAUUAUGUAAUUCUGUUUUUUCACUUAAGGUAAUUUUAGAGAAUAGAUAUGAAGGAUUAAUAUCCUUGAUAUUGCUUUUUGACCUGAAAAACAUAACUAGAUACGUGUACAGUGUAAUUUAUAAAAUGGAAUGCAUAUUUUCAAAGGCUUCACAGUACUUAACAUGGAUGGCAGAUUUUAAUCAUGUACUGGAUAUAAGGUUUUAAUAAGAUUUUAUUGUUUUACCUCCCAUUUAUUACUUGAAAAUUUAAGUUGUAAUAUACUGAGUCUGGGAUGUUUCCUUGCAGUAAUAGACUAUAGAUUGAUGCUUAUUUUUAUUUUAUUUUGGAAAGAAGUCUCCUGUAUAAGUAGUGAAACUGCAAGGUGCUAGUGUACUGUACUUCAUUUUUAUGUAACCAUAAAUGUAAGUUCAUUAAAAGUGCUAAUAGAA